AUGCUAAAAAUAAAUAAAUUAAAGAACAAUUUUCAAAAGCACAUCCAAAUCCUCAACCUUCUCAACCACGAACCAUUCAAAAUUGACCUAAACCUCUCAAUUCCGUUGACAAACUUUACAUCUCAGUUGGAAGCAACAUUAGUUGAAUACACUGGUGAAAGGUUCUCAAAAGACGGUUGUGGAAUAUUAGGUCAUUGGCUUGAGGAAACUGCUAUAGCUUUUUGGAAGGUUCUUGGUCAAAAUGGAUUUUGCUAUACUUUUAAUUAUCCAAAUUCAUCAGAGAUUUUUCAUUUAGAUAGAAUCUCAAGUGACUUCAACUCAACAUACUACUUAAUAGCAAUGAAUGGAGCUAUAAGAAAAACUAAUAAAAUUCCAUACGUUGCACCCCUUAAAGGACAUGAAAAUGGUAAAGGACUUAAAAUGGAUAUUUCAAAUUACUGCAACAACGUAGCUCAUGAAAAUUAUACAAUUCCAUGGUCACCAUUUGGAGGACAUAAGCUUAUAGUUCAUGAUCCAUAUGAAGUGAUUUCUAGCAGUUCUUACCAUCUUCAGACCAAGCAAUAUCAUAGAACUGAAGUGUUGAUUACUCCUGUUAUUUAUGGAUAUGAUGACUCAUUUAAGGAAUAUAGGAUUAAGACUCGACAAUGCUACUUAACUGAUGAAAAUCCAUUAAAAUUUUUCAAAGUUUACAACAAAGUCAACUGCGAACAUGAAUGCCUUGCAAAAAUGACUCUAGAUGCCUGCAAUUGCAUUCAAUUCUUUAUGGUCAGGAAUAAAACGACUAGAGUGUGUGGUCUUCUAGAUGAAAAGUGCUUUUAUGAAGUCGAAAAAAGAUUUGAUAGCAGAAAAGUAAUUUGUAAGUGCUUUGACUCAUGUAAAAGAUUAAAGUAUGACGUACAGGUUUUGACUAAAGUAGAUGACACCACCACAUCAUCACCAGUAGAAGUAAUAUUCAAAGUUGAGUACACAAAUAUUCUUAAGAAGCGUCAGCAGUACACAAUUUUUGAGUUAUUAUCUUUAAUUGGUGGAUUUUUGGGCCUUUUUGCUGGACUUUCAGUUUUGUCGACUGUUGAGCUUCUGUAUUAUUUCAUAUUCUAUCCAAUUGCUGAUUACAGACAAAGGAAAAACACGAAAGUUUAUCCUUUUAUUAACGAUACCAAAUAUAGGCUUCAACUGAAUAAAAAUAAUAUAAUUGUGAAGAUUUUGAGAAAAAUUUGGAGAUUCUUAAAGGAAUAUUCAGAAAACACAACAAUCCAUGGCUUUAAUCACAUUGUGGAUUCAGAGAAAUCAAAUUUUAACAGAAUUCUAUGGUCAAUAUCAGUUACUUCAAGCCUAAUCCUUUCCUAUUUCUUAACAAAAGAAGUUUACGAGAAGCUCAAGGCAAGCGAGAUUGUCGUCACAAUGGAAGGAUCAGUAACAAAUGUAGAUCAAAUUCCAUUUCCAGCUGUUACUCUGACCAGAAAUUUGUUUAAGGAGUAUGACUACAGCAAUUUUAUGAUUGGAAAUGGAAUUCCACCUCAAGAGACAAUUGACAAGCUCAAUAAUAUCAAGCACCAAAUUUUUUUCACACUUUGCAACAAGGACCAAAAUGAAAUCAACAACAAUUUUCUAUCUUUUGUGGAUUUUGACUAUGAAAAGCCAACAGAUUUUGUAGAUUAUUUAAGACUUUACACAAAGAAAUAUUCAUUUGUAUUUGGAGAUUACACUGCCAAAUGGAACGAACAGGAUGAGCCAAAUUUUGUGGAAACAUUGACCUCUAAUGGAGUUGGAUUUAGCUUUAAUUUAGCUGGCAAAGAGGAAAUUCUGAAUCUUGAUGAGGUUAUCAGAGGUUUUUACAACUCAAAUAUCAACAGUUCCUUAUCGCAACUCAUUAAUUCACCAAAAAACAUCAACAACGGAUUAAAGUUCGAGUUCUACAUUCCAGAUAUUUAUCGUGUCUGCACUCGUAGCUCAUUUGCUGUCCACUCGCCUUAUGAACUCCCAAUUCAGCUAGAAAUGACAGAAUUUCGUAAAAAUAUUGACUAUGAAAUUUUAAUUACACCCGAAAUUUAUAAAUCUGAGGAUGACUUGAUGGAUGUGGACCUUAAAGUUCGGAAAUGCUACUUUGAGGGUGAAAAGAAGCUGAAAUAUUUUAAAUUUUAUACUCAAAGGAAUUGCGAGUUGGAAUGUUUGACAAUCAAUAGCUGGGAAAGAUGCAAAUGCGUCCCAUUUGACUAUAUUAGAAACUCAUCCAUGGCUGUUUGUGACUUUGCACAGACAUAUCAUCAGCAUUGUAGAUUAUCAUCUUUAAGUUACUUCCUGGGAUUAAAUAGCCGAUGCAAGUGCCUGCCAGCUUGUGAUUUAGUGACUUAUUCUUAUGAGAUUUGGCAGACCAAGAGGAAGGAAAGGUGA